CCCACGCUCCCAAGCCACAAGCCCAUAACAUCAGCACCCACAAGGUCAACAGACACCCCACUAGCUACUGUGCUGCCUGUAAUGGCCGUAGCCAUCCUCAGUAUGUGGGCAGCAUACUGUGCUCCAGAGGCCUCUUCUGUCCAAAAGUCUGCUCCCGAGGCCUCACCGGUCCACGAGUCUGCCCCGGAGGCCUCGCCUGUCUACGAAACCGCUCCAGAAGCUUCGUCUGUCUACGAGACCGCUUCAGAAGCUUUGUCUGUCCACGAGUCUGUUCCAGAAGCUUCGUCUGCCCACGAGUCUACUCCCGAAGCUUCAUCUGUCCACGAGUCUGCUCAAGAAGCCUUGUCUAUCCACGAGUCUGCUCCCAAGGCCUCGUCUAUCCACGAGUCUAUACCAGAAGCCUCUCUUGUCCAAGAGUUUGCGCCAAUACCUCCUGAGGUGUCAGCAUGCGCUGUAGAACCUCCUAAGGAGGUGGCGUCCAUUAAUGAACUCACUGCCUCGUCUGUCCACGAGUCUACGUCAGAGGCCUCUUCUGCCCAAGCAUCUGCGCCCAUGCCCCCAGAGGUGUCAGCGCUAGCUGUAGAUCCUCCUAUGGGAGCGGCGUCCUAUCAUGAACUCUCUGCCCACCAUGUCACAGUCACAAAGGCCUAUUAUGAACUCUCUGCCCGCCAUGUCGCUAUCAAGAAGGCCAAAGAAAUCAUUCAUGUGCACACCGCUUUGCCUGCCCUGCAAUGGCUCCCUGUUACGCCUGCUCUGCCUGCCUCGCCAUGGCUUCCUGCUCUGCCUGCUCUACCUGCCUCGCCAUGGCUCCUUGCUCUGCCUGCCUUGCCACGGCUCCCUACUCUGCCUGCUCUGCCUGCCUCGCUAUGGCCCCCUGUUCUGUCUGCUCUGCCUGCGUCGCCAUGGCUCCCAGCCCUACCUGCUCUGCCUGCCCCACCAUGGUUCCCUACUCUGCCAUUGUUCCACGGCCCUGGCCUUCCAGUACUUCACGGUCUGCUACUGCUCCACGGCCCAGGACCUCCAGUGUUCCACUGUCUGUCAUUGCUCUGCGGCCCAGGCACGUCAGUAUUUCACGGUCUGCUGUCGCUCCACGGCCCAGGUCCUCCAGGUUUCCACUGUCUGCCACAGCACCACGGCCCAGGACCUCCAGGGUUCUACUGUCUGCCACAGCCCCACGGCCCAGGUCCUCCAGUGCUUCACUGUCUGUCCCUGCUCCACGAUCCAGGCCCACCUGCUCUACAUGGACCUGAAAAUGACAUUGUGUGCUCCAGCCAGAGGGAACCUGGAGCCAUGCUACAGGCGGUGAGGGAUAAGCAGAUGUUACUGCCCGAGGAGGGGCUGGAUUGUUUGCUUCUCCAAAGGGCCUGA